AUGGGUAGGCUCAUCCGGUACUCCAUAAACUGUACCAGGAUGUCGGAACCGCGUGGAAGGGGACGUGCUCGAGGGCGCGCAGGUAGGGGAAACGAGGGAAGCAACCCACCCCCUAGACGUCCUGGCGAACAACAACAUGGCCCGCCGCACCAACAAUCAGCUGCACCAGGACCCCGACCCCAACCACCAUCAGCCUGGGGUCCACCGACUAUUGCUCCCGCAGUUAGGGCUGGUGUGCCCAUGCCAUCUGUUCAAGCUGGCCGAGCUUCUCACCGAACUACACCAACUACUCACCAUCCUGGUGAUGUUGACAUACAACAACGCAUGCAAGCCAUUGACCUUGGGCAAGCAUCCGCAUCUGGAGCAGGAGAUGCUAGUUCAGCCGUUGCCGGUCGGGGUUGCAGACGUGGAGGUGGUCGAGUUCUUCCUGAACAAACCCUUGUUUUGAGAACACGUCCAUCAUCUGUUACAUCAAAGAGGGGUAGCUAUGGUCAUCCUUUGGAUUUAAUUUCUAACUAUUUUGCUGUGGAAACUACUCCACAGUGGUGUCUAUAUCAAUAUCGUGUUGAUAUUUCCCCUGAUGAAGAUAGCACAGCUGUUCGUAAAGGGCUGUUGAAAAUUCAUAGUAAAAUACUUGGAGGAUACCUUUUUGAUGGAACUGUACUGUACACAAUUAAAAGACUUCAUCCUGAACCACUUGAACUCUAUUCUGACCGCAAAACUGAUGGAGAACGUAUGAGAAUCCUGAUAAAACUAACUUGUGAUGUCACUCCAGGAGAUUAUCAUUAUAUCCAGGUCUUUAACAUCAUUAUCCGCAAAUGCUUCAACCUACUGCAGCUACAACUUGUUGGAAGAGACUUUUUUGAUCCUGUAGCAAAGAUUGACAUUCCAGAGUACAAACUUCAAAUUUGGCCUGGUUACAAGACCACUAUUAAUCAGUAUGAAGACAAAAUUUUGAUGGUGACAGAAAUUGCACACAAAGUUUUACGAAUGGACACAGUGCUACAAAUGUUGAAUGAAUAUACAGCUACGAAAGGCGCAAAUUGCAAAAAAAUUUUUUUGGAAGAUAUUGUAGGUAAAAUUGUGAUGACAGAUUAUAACAAAAAAACAUACAGAGUUGAUGAUGUUACAUGGCAGGCAACACCAAAAUCUACUUUUAAAAUGAAAGAUGGUGAUAUCACCUACAUAGAUUACUAUUAUAAGAAAUAUAACAUUCGUAUUCAAGAUGUGGGUCAACCGCUUCUCAUAUCACGCUCAAAGGCUCGUGAUAUCCGUGCUGGUAUGCCUGAACUGGUGUACCUAGUACCAGAGUUGUGCAGACAGACAGGUCUAUCUGACUCCAUGCGAGCAAACUUUCAGCUGAUGCGUACUUUAGCAGUGCACACCAAAAUUGGCCCUGAUAUGCGGAUUAAGAAGUUGUUGGAUUUUAACAGACGUCUUACUCAGACUAAGGAGGUUGUUGCGGAAUUGGCGACAUGGGAUAUGAAACUUUCCAAUCGUUUAAUUAACAUAAAAGGUCGUCAACUGCCGCCAGAAAAUAUAGUGCAGGGUAAUAAUAUCAAAUACCCUGCAGGAGAUACUACUGAUGGUUGGACCAGAGACAUGAGAUCCAAACCCCUCCUCUCACUUGCUGCCAUGCCAUCAUGGGUUGUGAUUACUCCAGAUCGUCAAAGACAGGACACUGGGAAUUUUAUUAACAUGAUAAUAAAAACCGGUGAAGGUGUUGGUUUCCAUAUGCCUAGACCUGAGAUUGUAACUAUUCAAAGGGAUGGAAACAUGGAUUAUGCUAACAUGUGUGAAAACGUCAUUGCUCGAAAAAAUCCUUCCUUAAUUCUUUGUGUUUUGGCAAGAAACUAUCCAGACAGAUACGAGGCAAUUAAAAAGAAAUGUACAAUAGAUCGCGCAGUGCCGACACAAGUGGUAUGCGCUCGCAAUAUGUCCAGCAAGUCCGCUAUGUCCAUUGCAACAAAAAUUGCAAUUCAGAUUAAUUGUAAGCUUGGAGGUGCUCCGUGGACUGUUGAGAUACCCUUAAACACCCUAAUGGUGAUUGGCUACGACGUGUGUCACGAUACCCGGUCCAAGGAGAAGAGUUUCGGCGCGUUUGUUGCGACAUUAGACAAACAAAUGACACAGUACUAUUCCGCUGUGAAUGCGCACACCUCGGGAGAGGAACUUAGUGCACACAUGAGCUUUAAUAUUGCUUCUGCGCUUAGGAAAUACAGAGAGAGGAAUGGUACCCUGCCUAGCCGCAUUUUUAUCUAUAGAGAUGGUGUUGGAGAUGGUCAGAUCCCAUAUGUCCACAGCCACGAAGUUACUGAGAUUAAGAAGAAGCUCAAUGAGAUAUAUGGAGGAGCUGAAGUCAAAAUGGCGUUUAUAAUCGUCUCAAAGAGAAUUAACACCCGUAUAUUUGUGAAUACUGGCAGGUCCGGUGAAAAUCCGAAACCAGGCACAAUUAUUGAUGAUGUUGUAACUCUGCCUGAAAGGUAUGACUUCUACUUAGUGUCUCAGAAUGUCCGUGAAGGCACCAUCUCACCAACAUCAUACAAUGUAAUUGAGGACACUACAGGCCUGGAACCAGAUCGCAUUCAACGCUUAACUUACAAAUUGACGUACUUGUACUUCAACUGUUCAAACCAAGUACGGAUGGAUACGGAUAUUGGGGAUGACGUAAUAACUACACUCAGAAGUGAUUUAGCUGGCCUGCAAUACAAACGUGACAAACUAUUAUCCGAAAACAGUGACCUUAAAAAUCAAAUGUUGUCGCGCGAUCAAAGGAUUUUGGAGCAGCAGGUAGAAAUCGAUCAUUUACGCGAGCAAAAUGCCAGACAAAAUGCGAUUAUAUCUUCGCUUAAAAAGAAAAUUCAAGAUCUCGAAGAACUGCAACGCAAUUUGCAGGCAUCGCAGAAUAGAAAUGAACUCAGUCUACAGACUCUGCAAAGAGACAACCGUUACUGCGAAGAGAAAAUAAAAGAUUACGAGAAAAAGAUACGAUCCUUGGAAAUAGAGUGUCAUAAUGAAGAAGAACAAAAAGAGAACGCACGUGGUCAAUUUCACGAUUUAGUUCGACGCUUGUCUGCCGCAUUAGAUUCCGACUUUUGUGAUACUACACACACAUAUUCACCGGAGAGUUUGAUAAUAAAGGCUGCAGAGCUUGUUCAAGAGAUAACAAGACUGAAGAACAAAUGUAUUAAUACAACUGAAAACUUAUCUACCAUCGAACAAGAUUUGAGGAGUUGCAGAGACAGUUUGGAAAGGGCUAAUGCGGACAAAGACAUUCUGCAAAGGCAACUUUCAACACAUGUACUUGAUAUAGAAAGACUUAAACAGGAAAAAGAAUCUCUAAUAGUCCAAAAUAGGGUUAUAGAAAGAGAACUACACGAAGCUCGGGAGAAGUUGUCACAUUGUACCAAAAAUUUGAACGUCGUAACCGACAAUGUUAAUCAAAACGAAUCAAUGAUUAUACAGCUAAAAGAGGACUUGAGACAUCGUGACGAAAAACACCAAAGAUUACAAACUGAAUUCCGUAAUACAAUGGAGUCAAUCGCCAUUCUUCUAAGUUUACCUACACGUUUCGUUGAAGCUCAUGAGAGCACAAUUAAGGAUAGAAUACGAGAAAUUCUGGGUGAAAAUAAGGACAAAACUGUGCAAAUAGAAACGCUUCGUGACAAACUUGGAAUGGAGUCUCAACAGCUUAAUAGAACCAGCCAUAUGAACGAGCAAGCUAACACACGGGUUCGAAUUCUUGAGGACGAAAGAAACAUGUUGGAGGGAAAAGUACAUAAAUUGGAAUCCGAAAUAACCUCUUUAGAGCUUUCUCGAGAUAACUUGCAUAAAGAUAAAGCUAACUUUGUGGCAUUCCUUGAACGUCUGAGCAGGACGCUUAAUAUGGAUGAAUUGACCCAGGAUGUUGGCAUAGAGCUGCACACUGAAUCGAUUAUCCAUCGGGCCGAACAACUGGCGAGGCUUGAGAGCGAUAAAAUCGUUGACAAGACCGCCGUUGUUUAUCAGCUACAGCGGAGAAUAAGAAUACUCAGAGAACAGUUGCAGCGGAAAGAUUUGCAUUUGGACUUGUUAAGGCGCAAGUUAAGUGUACAGGACGAGAGCUGCCGCGUGCGUGCGGUUCUCCAGGCUGAACGCGACGAGGCUGUCAUAAGAAGCAAGAAGCUGGCUCGUCAGUGUGACAAACUCGGCGUCCAGCUCAGCGAUGCACGGGCUCAGUUAAGGGACCUCAACGCGCAACUCGCCGACGCCGCAGAGUACAAAGACACGGUCAACCGCAUGUCAAAGUUAACGACACCCACUCAUUUCAAUGAUGUUCAGUCUCAUUUGUUACACUUGAGCUGUAAUGGUUACAUUUCGUCGUUAGAGAGAGCGAGGAAAAUCGAGGAGCUUCAGAAGAAGUUGGAGGAAGCGGAACUGUUGCGCACGCGGUACAGCCGUAAGGUGAAUGUCCUGAAAGAGCAAAUACGCAACACCGGCGAGAACUUCGAGCAGGAGCGUAACAGCAGCGAACAUCAGAUCAUUAUGCUCAGGGACGAUUUGGCGCGGACGAAGGAAGCCCUCGCCGAUUGCCAAAGGCGGGAGGCACAACUCCAGAGUUUCAGGAACUCGAUCGCCAAGCUGCUGGGCAUCCUCGUGCCGUCGUCCGUGUCCGACUUCGAGAUGGUGUCGCGACUGCAAAAGCUGAUAGACGCACACCACGACUUCACGGUGGUGUCGCGACGUUACGACGACCCCGCUCUAUUGAGGGCGGCUUCCCGGUCUCCGCCGCCCUCGAGGUGCCGGACCAGAACGCCUGACAGGUCCCUGCGCUACGAUGACUCCGGGUACGCGGAUCCGGCGUUCGACCUCGAAGACGAAUUAUACAAGAAUCGCGCGGGCUUG